AUGUCUCGUGUUGCACAACCCAGGUCGGCGCCUGCGCGGCCGGGCGAAGAUGACAUCUGCCCCGUAUGCAAGUCCUCACGCUAUCUCAACAAGUCCAUGCGCUUUCUGGUCAACCCAGAAUGCUACCACAAGAUGUGCGAGUCUUGUGUGGACCGCAUCUUCUCCCACGGCCCGAACAAGUGUCCGAUCGCUGGCUGCCACCGUACCCUACGAAAGCACAAGUUCCGAGAACAGACCUUUGAGGAUAUCCAUGUCGAGCGCGAAAUCGAUAUUCGAAAACGCAUAGCCAACAUCUUUAACCGCCGUGAAGACGACUUUGAUUCAUUACUUGACUACAACAACUACCUGAACGAGGUUGAGGAUAUCACAUUCAAUCUCAUCUACAAGAUCGACGUUGAAGAGACGGAAAAGAAGAUCUCGGUGUAUGCUGAUCAGAAUGCCAAAGCCAUCACCACGAAUGCCGCCCUUGCGUCCCAAGAAUCGCACGACUACUCCGCACUCCAAGCCGCAGAAAGAGAACAGGCUCGUCUACGGAGAGAGGCAGCUCGUCGGGAAGAGGAGGAGGAACGAAGAGCUCGUGCAGAAGGAAGACAGGACAUCAUCGAUCGCCUUGCUACCGGUUCUGGCGACGCGCAAACCAUCGCACAAGAGGGCCGUGUCACGCUCAAGAAACGACUCGACAAGAAGCAGGCUGCCGAUAGACAAAGACAGUUGCAAGCCGCCGCUGCUGCAAAGGAUGCUACCAAUGGCAGCAGUGCGAUUGUCAUCAAAGGUCUCAAAACACGCAAAGACCCUGGUCCGGAGGCUCCUUACGAUGCAUUUGGAGGACUCAAGUUCUCGAACGAGUACCAUAUUGUGCAAGACCACUACGAUUGGGAUUGGCUCAAUGAGAUCGACACACAGAUUGCUAUCGUUGCAGGUGGCUACAGCAAACACGAGUUCCAUUCACGGGCACUAUGCGAAGCAUUCUCAGGUCUUGGAGUCAUCGUCGGGGAGGAGAAGGCUGAACAAAACGGUACACACAAUGCAGCCACUAUUGGCACUGCGGCUGCCGUUCAUGGCGGUACUGGCGCAAAAGAUGUCAAGAUGGAGGACCCCUUUUGA